AUGGCGGAAAAAAGGGAUGCUGUUCUUCGCGAGGCUUGCGACCAUUUAUCAAAUAAUUUGAAGUUUAUGCUGCAAUUGAAGCCCGAACAGCGUAAUGCUGUGGACUAUUUACUUAAGAAAGAUGAUGUGCUCGCGGUUCUUCCGACAGGAUACGGCAAAAGUCUUACUUUCCAACUCUUUGCUGUUGCUGCGUCGAUUGAAGAUCAUACCAUCCUCUUCUCUCGUUUACGUGUACGGUUUGGCAUAGCUGGAAAGCCUCUAUUAUGGUUGCAAUCUUAUUUAUCGAAUCGCACGCAAUAUGUCUCCGUCGAUGGUGGUACUUUUACGAAACAUGACCUUAAAUGUGGAGUGCCACAAGAAUCUGUCUUGGGACCCAUUUUGUAUUUGCUUUAUACUUCACCGCUUUCAGAUAUCGUAGAGAAAUUUAACCUGAGCUAUCACUUUUAUGCUGACGACUCACAGCUUUACUUGUCUUUCCAACCAACCGUACUGGGUGAUAGGGAUCUAGCGGUUUCUAGCAUCGAGAGCUGUGUGAAUGAAAUCAAUCAUUGGAUGAUGGUUAAUCGCCUUAAAUUAAAAAAAGACAAAACUGAAUUAUUGGUGAUCUCCGCUAAACAUCUUCCAAGACCACUCCUUCACGAGAUUUCAGUUGCUGGUGAGACUAUCCAUUCCGUGCAAAAGGCGAGGAAUAUCGGCACUAUGUUUGAUAGCCAUUUUUGCUUUAACGAUCAUAUUACUGACAUUUGCAAAUCUUCAUUUUAUCAUUUGCGAAAUAUUAGAGAAGAGCGGCAAACUGUGUUGAUUAUUUGUCCUUUGAAAAGCAUCACUGAAGACCAAAUUGCCAAGGCCGGAAGUAUGGGUAUCCCGGCGGCUUCCACAGAGGAUAUCUCGGAAGACGAGGUGCGUGCCGCAAAAUUUCAGCUAAUCUUCGGUUCGGCUGAGACAAAGGAUAACUGCUCUUCUCUUGACGGAAAAUUGGCCGCAGUUGUAGUGGAUGAGUCCCAUGCUGUUGAGAUGUGGACUGGAAAAAGGUGUGAGGCAAAACUCGGUGCAAAUGUUGCUUUCCGUGAGGCGUUUGGGAAAUUGUCGCAGAUCAGAUCCUUUUGUAAACAAGGAGAGUCAAGUUCUAUGGUCAUUCACCGAUAAGCUUAAGUCUGUGUUGUCGUACCUGUUUACUUAUUUUUGGAGUCUUUCGAUUGCAUUACUCGAUUUCCUGACCAAGACGCUGUAGUCAUUCUUUACUUUGAUUACGUUGAAUUUAUUCGUUUUAUCUUUUUAAGGGACGCCAAUACUUGCAAUCACGGGGACUGCAGAUGAAAAAAACUCAAAGUGUCAUUAUUAAACAGUUGCUGUUCAAAAUGCCUCCGUGAGACAUGGCGCUUGCUCGCCGGGAGCCUAUUCGUUUGUUUGUUUUCUGUUUUGGAUUUUGACUUACGGCGCGCGCUGAUUGGUUGACAUUUGACAGUUAACAAGAUAAGUUCUCUGCGCGGUUCUUGUGGGAGGUAAACGCGAU